AUGUUCAACCUUUGGAACGUGGCCAAUCCAACUGGCGGCACAAUUUUUAGUUCUUCACUAUUGGUUUUGGCAGCUUCUGAAGCACUGGAGCACUCUUACUUCAAAAAUCACCCUCUCCCCACGCCCGUGGGCCUUCUUCCCAAGCUUCCAAGCAAACAACAGCCAACGGGCGCUAGCCAGGAAAUGCCAAAGGAUAUGAGCCAGGAGGUGCCCAAGUUCAUAAGCCAGGAGGGCAGCAGUGCAGGCAAGAGCACACAGACCUGUGCAACUGCAACAAACAACCCACAGCGGAAAAGGCAGCGGGACCCCGAGGGGGAGCAAGAAUGCCAACCGGUGAAGAGGAAACUGACGUUUGCAGAGUGA